AUGGCACAGAUCGAAGUAGACGCUCUACCUGAGAUAUUCGCCAAUAAUUUUUGGGGUAAGGACGAGGCAGGCUAUGAAGCCCUUGUAACACGCCUUAGAGAGGCACGUCAGACAUGUGAAGAACUAAAAGCAAUGUUUCAUGAAAGAGCAGUUAUUGAAGAAGACUAUGGUCGUCGGUUGCUAAAAUUAUCUAAAGCUCCGCUUGGCAAAGAUGAAACCGGUACCCUUCGGGAGGCAUUUGAGACAACACGCACCGAAUUAGAGACAAGUGGAAAUUCACAUAUUGAGCUUGCCCAACACAUUAGAGACGAGCUGGAGCAGCAACUUAAUAGUUUUAUUGUACAACAAAAGGAAAGAAAACGAGAGCAAACAGCGAUCGUUGACAGAAGUCUCCGGAAUAAGCAAUUACAGAUGACUUAUGUCCAGAGGGCAAAAGAAAAGUAUGACGGAGAAUGUAUUAAAUUGAAUGGAUUGAUGUCAUCAAGACAAUCGGCAAGAGGAAAGGAGCUGGAAAAGUUAAACAUGAAAAUCGAAAAGGCUCAGCAGUCGUCUCAAAUGGCAGAUCAAGAAUAUAAGCAUUUUGUUAAGACAAUGGUCGAUUUAACACAAAGAUGGAAUUACGACUGGAAAGCGGCUUGUGAUACAUUUCAAACCUUAGAAGAAGAAAGAAUAGACUUUACAAAGAACAAAAUAUGGGCAUAUUCAAAUUUAAUAGCAACUGCGUUAGUGGUAGAUGAUGAGUCGUGUGAGAGGAUCAGAAUGACGUUGGAAAAAUGUGACGUAGCCAAAGAUAUUGCGACGUUUAUAAAGGAACGAGCGACAGGGCCGCAAAUUCCAGGCAUGUACACGACUAAGUCAGUUUCAUAUGUCAACUUUUACGCAACGCAGAAGGAUCCGGGACUGCAAUACACUACGGCGGAUUUCGAAAGAAACCAACCAUACGUUAUUAAAACUGUUGCAAAUCCCGAGUUAGAUACACCAAUAGACAAUCAAAUUUCUUCGAUCACCUCAGCGACACAGCCGCCUUUAUCAAAUGCAACACGAUUAAAUACGUACACUCCCCCGCAGUUAACCUCCGAAUCUACUCCGGCAUUUAUUAAUGAUCCAACAACCGGCAGUAGACGAGCGUCUCUAUAUGCCUCCGUAUCCUCCUCCAAUGCAAUGAACGCUACAACUAAAGAUGCCCCGCUUCCAGCAACACCGGACGCUAUCACCGAUGAGGAACCAUUAAAUCCACAAGCACAACAAAUACUUACCGUAGGCUCUAAUCAAUUUUCAGUGAAUACCACCGCGUUCAUAGAUGAUCCAAUUGCGGCAGCAUUGGCGGAACUGGAACGUGCAGAACAGUCUGAGGGCAAUCUAGAACAACGGACUACGUCUACCCAGGCUACAUACAAUCCUCCUUCACAACCUCCUCCGGAUUACUUUAAUUCAACAACUAUUCCUCAAAAACCCGGAUUUCCUCAGUCAUCCCAAGCACCGCCGCCUAAUGUUUCGUCAACUAGUGGAGCGCCACCACAACAGCAGACGUCUCAAUCAGUAAACCAAGAAACAAUUCGCUCUGACUCAAAUCGCACGUCUGGUGGUAAUGCUGUACUGGGCAUCACUCUCGAUGCACAAGGGCGAGUAAUUCAGGAUAGUCUUGCUGAGGAAUAUGUUGCUAACGGUAAUCGUCUUCCCCUGGAUUCUGCUCGAUUUCAAAGUGUUAACAACGCGACGCGAAAUUCGGUCGAUCGCGGUCAAUCCUCCAUUCAGGCACAACAAUUUCGCACUUCUAUGUAUCAAGCGGCCCCAAAUGGCCAGUAUGGAGCGCAGGUUCAAUCAAACGCCUCGAUGCGUGCCCAAUCUUUGACAAACACUCAGUCUCAACGACUCAAUCCGGUAAUGACGCGGAAUAGUAGUCUAAUUAAUUCGCCUCCAAGAUACCUAUCCGGGUCGGGUCAUCCACCAGCUGUGCUGCAAGGACAACCGGGACCUUACCAGCAAAAUAGGGGACCAAAUAACUUUGGAAGUCAACCGUCUACAAUGCAGAGACAUUCUACAAUACAACACAAAUAUGGUGGUACCCCUGGAAGGAUCAGUUACAGUGCUGACGGAAAACCGAUACUAUUUCAUGUUAGAGCAAUGUAUGAUUACACAUCUAAUUUACCCGAGGAAAUGUCUUUCAGAGUGGGAGAUAUUAUUGCCAUUUUCAGGACUCAGGAUGAUGGAUGGUGGGAUGGUGAAAUUGUUGACAGUAGA